AUGGAAUACAAGCGCACUGGAGGUGGGGCACAGGUGUCCUCCCCCUCCUCCACAAGAUGGCGUGCGGGUAGAGAUGCCGCUGCAUGGAGUGAUCCAGAUCUCUUUGGAGACGGAGACGGGGAGGUGACGCAUGAGGAGUUCGAUGUAAAUGAAGGGUACCCUCAGGAAAAUAGCGGGAAUAAUGCACAGGCGAACAAGCAAAACCGCCGGGCGAGCACCUUCUCUCUCUCCGGCUCAGAUAGAGAAGCUGACGAGGCCCCACCGGAAGAACCCGCUGCUCCUCGACAUCAAAGGAAGCAGCGGCAGCCUCCCCUUAGCGCGAAUUCUUUCCUCUUUAACGCCGACGGCUCUCCUAAUGAUGGAAUUCUUUCAAUGUACUGCAGUAUCAAUUACUCGAAAGAGAAGCUGCAUAGGUUCAAAUUUUUCCAGGUUCAGGAGGACCGCGAUGCGCGAAAAGAAGAAUGUAAGAAGGAACUGCGUGCAGCGCAAGCCCUUCUAGCGAUACAUCUUCGCGGAGGAAAGGCGACUGACAAGCCUAGGCUGGGCCAGGAUGACUUACAGCAGCAGCAAACACAAGAGGUCCUGAGGGCGGGGGUUCUCGUGAAGAACAAGAAGCGCUACUUGGCACGCUUGGCCGUGGAAGAACGUGUGGAUCUACGGGAUGAUUUGAACACUUUGCUUUCAGAAAUCAGGGAAAGCCUGGUCUUGUGUUACCCCUACAACGAGCAUCUCUCCCGCUUAGCCCGAAGGCUUGAUAAGAUUAGUACCCACCCGGACCUAUGGGCGAAGUACCGUCCGCGCCUCGUUAAGAUGCAUGUGCACGGUUUUUUAGAGAGGUGGAAAUAUGCGGGAUAUCCCCCGAAUCCUAGCAAGCUGUUACAAAGCGACCAAGCUGACCCGCCACCGGAGACUGAAGAUCGGUAUGUGCACCCUACAGAGGAGUGUAUGGGCGACGAUCCCUACAGGAAAAACGCCUGGGAAGACGAGCAGCAAAGCUCGAUACCCCCUCAUGGAUUUCAACUACCCCAAGAACAUGCAGAUAUUGGAAGAGGACAAGCAGGCCAAGGUGCUCGAGAAGGGCCAUACCCUGAGGAAAAUGGCCCCUCUGCUGAGGAACUUGCGGAAUUACGGCAGAAGCAGCGCGAGGCGAAGGAGAAGAGGCAAAAACUAAGAAUGGAGGCGCAGCAACAACUAUUAUUAUCGUCCAACAAUAAGGCGGAAUCCGGGAAUGAUUCAGUACCUUGA